AUGUCGACACUCAUCACUGCCCCUAACCUCACGGGCUUUACCACUACAGUCGACCCGGCGAUCAGUCAGCCCAUGGAAAUUCAGUUCGAGAUCAUGUUUGUCAUGGUAUUGUAUGCCUGUCUGGCGUGCACCGGGUUUGCUGGCAACUUCUGGGUGCUUAUGAAGGUUACACAACAGCUCUCCGGAUGCUCUUCCAAUCGGACGAGACCCUACAAGUCUGUGGUGCAAUCCUCCGCCUACAUCUACCUGAUCCUACUCUCCGUCGUCGAUCUAUUCUCGCUUCUACCAGUCCCCAUGAUUGUCACGGACAUUUAUGAGAAUCACUUUCCGUUCGGUGUGGUUGCUUGUAAACUGACCUAUUUCUGUGAGGCCAUGAACAAGUCGCUGAGUCCAAUGGUCCUCACAGCGCUCUCUGUGGAUCGUUACAUUGCCGUCUGUCAUCCGACGUUACACUGGCUACGACAAACCAAGUUCUCGCUUUCGGUCAUCGCUUGCUGCUUCUCGGUCUCGCUGAUUUUCAUCAUUCCCGUAACACAAACGGCGGUGACGCAAGUGAUGAGAAACGAACGCAACGAGGAAAUUAUGAAGUGCGCGUUCGACAACCAGGGGGCCAAUACCUAUCUGUUCGAGGUAGCGCACACCAUCGUCUGCUACCUGGUCCCCUUGUUUAUCAUCUGCGCCGUGUACCUGGCUAUCCUGCACAAGCUGUUCAUCCACACACGAUUUUCAACUGUCGGCAAGAAAACUUCCAUCUCUCUAUCGCGAGUGGUCAAAUGCAGUGUGAUGGUGGUGGCGUUCUACUUCAUUUGCUGGACGCCAUACUGGACCAUGAGGAUCUACGGACUCAUUUCCAGUACCAUUGAGGCUGACGAAGGUGAGCAACAGAGUUUGACUAUGAGUUUACAAAUUAGCUUAAUGCUUCACUUCCCCUCCCUUUUUUGAUUUUCUUAAAAAUUUCCGUCAAUAACUGACUGACUGGUGCAAGGGUCUUUUUUCCCGUCACUCUGCUAUGUUAUUGCGUUCCUUUCAUGUGAAUAGAAAUGAAAAUGAUGGGAAAGAAAAGGGGAAAAAGAAAAAAAAACACCCACCUUUUACGCGUUCGGAAUUUCAACUAGUUUUGAUUAGUUUGGGGGACAUUCUCGAAUUCAGAAUUUGGAACUUCACAUAAAAAAUUCACAUGCUUUUCAGGCGAUUCGUCAAGCUAUCUGGAACCGGAAAUCACUGUUGAAGAGAUUGUGGAGACGGUCACCAAAGCCGCUAGCAACUCCACCGAGUCCACGUUCUUCUUCGGGUUAAUCCCCGAAAAACGGAGAAACAACAUCGAGAUUGCGUUAAUGUACAUCCUUCACUCGCUCACUUACACCCAGUCCGCCUUCAACUGGCUCUUCUAUUCCUUUCUCAACCGUAACCUACGCGGAAACGCAAGCCGAGGAAAUGGAACACGGUCGGGAGUUAACACGUCGGUCUUCGACAAUGGAGCCGCUACAAGCACUGUCAACACGUCGCUAACACCGAUCUGGAAGAACAUUCAACAAAUGGGAAGUCAUAUUAAGACUGCUGGACUUGACACUCGCUCGGCGCUCAUGAAGAAGUCGCCGUUUAAGGGGAAAUCCAAAAUUCAGUCGAGGUGAGUCAUUGUGACCAGAAAAACAGCCCAUAUUCCUCUCCCUCUCCCAAUAAAAAAGCAAAGGAGUAAAUUCCAGAAGCGCCGCGUACCUCGACUGUUCUUCCGGCCACCACAUGCUCCGUCCGUCCUCCGAAAACACCUUGAGCUCCUCGCUUCUUGACAUCCCAAGAAGACCAUCGUUGGUGCCACGUCAGGAGCCGUCUUUGGUUGGAAAAGCGCUCUCCUUUACUAACAUCCCACAACCCCAAUAUCAACGAAUUGACCAGAAGGAAGAGUCGUCUCACGGAGCAGUCUCCGAGAGCUCUUCUGUCGAAUGGCUGUAG